AGAGUUCCCCUUGGCUAUGCGGAAAAUGUCUCAGGAAUGAAUGAAUCGUUUUAUUACGAUCAUAGAUCAGACAUAAACACAACCAAUUAUACAACAUUCAGAUAAGAAAAGUCUCAGGAAAGCGGAACCAAACUUUUGCAGUUGUCAGAGCAACCCGGACCAUUUGGGGGCAAGGACUGGUGGUGCUCAGUCAGUCUGAGCAUAUCGCUUCCUUCUCUGGUCUUCAGUCUGUGGUUUUGUGUCUUCUUCCCCGUCGGCCACACUGGCCGGGCCACCCUCCCCCGCCAUGCAGCCUUACGUGGUAAACAUCAAGCUGUCAUCCCGAACCCUCACCGGGGCUCUCAACCCUCAGAACCGGGGCGCGGCGGAUUGGGGCUGGCAAGGAUUGAUUGCAUAUGGCUGCCAUUCUCUUGUGCUGGUGAUUGAUCCCAAGACGGCUCAGACCCUACAGGUUUUGGAAAGGCACAAAGCUAAUGUUGUAAAGGUUAAAUGGGCUAAAGAAAACUACCAUCACAAUAUUGGAUCGCCUUAUUCUUUGCGUUUGGCUUCUGCUGAUGCCACUGGAAAGAUCAUUGUUUGGGAUGUGGCUACAGGAGCUGCUCGUUGUGAAAUCCAAGAGCAUACAAAACCCAUCCAGGACAUGCAAUGGCUGUGGAAUCAAGAUGCCUCUCGAGAUCUGCUACUUGCAGUUCACCCGCCAAAUUUCAUCGUGUUGUGGAAUGCAGAUACAGGAACCAAGCUUUGGAAGAAAAGUUAUGCAGAAAACAUUCUGUCUUUUUCAUUUGAUCCCUUUGAUCCUUCAAAUUUAACAUUGCUUACAAGCGAGGGAAUAGUGUUCAUUUCGGACUUCUCUCAUUCCAAGGCCCCGGUCAGUUCAGGGAAAAAGGUUUACAUUUCCAGCCCGCGUUCUAGUCCUGUUCAUAACAAGCUGGUAUCUGCUGCAGGGGCUAAAAAGGCCCUGGACAAAGUUAAAAUUCUCAUCACUAACGAAAAACCAAGUGCUGAAUCAGUAACACUGAAUGACUGUCUUCAGCUAUCCUACCUGCCAUCCAAAAGAAAUUACAUGUUGUUACUCUACCCAAGAGAAAUCUUGAUUCUGGACCUCGAAGUAAACCAGACAGUAGGCGUGAUAGCAAUUGAGAGAACAGGAGUGCCUUUUUUGCAGGUGAUCCCAUGUUUUCAACGCGAUGGAUUGUUCUGUUUACAUGAAAAUGGUUGUAUAACUCUGAGAGUUCGCAGGUCUGCCAGUAGCAUAAGUGGUACACCAAAUGAAGAUGCAGAACCCGACCCUAUUCAGGAGCUGGUCUAUGAUUUACGAAGUCAGUGUGAUGCUAUCAGGGUUACCAAGACUGUUCGUCCAUUCAGUAUGGUGUGUUGUCCAGUUAAUGAAAAUUCUGCAGCUCUCAUAGUUAGUGAUGGUAGGGUGAUGAUAUGGGAGCUGAAGUCAACCAUUUCACCUCGAAGCCUUCACACUAGCAAUAUGAGUGUGUCUCCUUUGUAUUCUGCUGUUUCUUUUUGUGGAAUUCCUGUUGGAGCACACCAGAAUAAGCUUCUGGACUUGUCAUUAGAAAAUAUGAUAGGACAAGGGACAAUUUCUAACAAAGAGCAACUAAAAAGCUACUAUUUUCAAGAAGUGCUCCUGAAGUUUCUGCUAACAGGCCUUCUUUCAGGACUUCCUUUGCCUCCGUUUGCUAUCCGCAUGUGCCCACCUCUUACCACAAAAAAUAUAAAGCAGUAUCAGCCUCUUCUUGCUGUUGGUACAAGCAAUGGCUCUGUCUUGGUGUAUAAUCUUACCAGUGGGCUUCUACAUAAAGAGUUAAGCAUCCAUUCCUGUGAAGUCAAGGGCAUUGAAUGGACAAGCUUGAGCGGCUUCCUUUCCUUUGCCACAUCAACCCCCAAUAAUGUAGGGCUAGUAAGAAAUGAGCUGCAGUUGGUUGAUCUCCCCACAGGUAGAAGCAUUGCAUUUCGUGGGGAGCGAGGCAACGAUGAACCCGCUAUUGAAAUGAUAAAGGUGUCUCACUUGAAGCAGUACUUAGCAGUUGUAUUUAAAGACAAACCUUUGGAACUGUGGGAUAUCAGAACAUGUACUCUCCUUAGAGAAAUGCCAAAAAACUUCCCUACAAUUACUGCGUUGGAAUGGUCACCUUCGCAUAACUUGAAGAGCUUAAAAAAGAAGCAGCUUGCAGCCCGUGAAGCUAUGGCCCGGCAAACAGUUGUAUCGGAUACUGAACUGAGCAGUUUAGAAUCUUCUGUGAUCAGCUUACUGCAGGAGGCUGAGAGUAAAUCCGAACUGAGCCAGAACAUCUCUGCUCGGGAACACUUUGUGUUUACAGAUACCGAUGGGCAAGUCUUUCACUUGACAGUGGAGGGGAAUUCUGUCAAAGACAGUGCAAGAAUUCCUCCUGACGGAAGCAUGGGUAGCAUUACAUGCAUUGCAUGGAAAGGAGAUAUCUUGGUUCUCGGAGAUGAUGAUGGGAAUUUGAAUUUCUGGGAUUUAAAAGGCAGGGUAUCCAGAGGCAUCCCCACACACCGAGGCUGGGUGAGGAAAAUUCGCUUUGCCCCUGGGAAAGGAAACCAAAAGCUGAUAGCAAUGUACAAUGAUGGGGCUGAAGUUUGGGAUACCAAGGAGGUACAGAUGGUAAGCAGUCUCAGAAGUGGAAGAAAUGUCAACUUCCGAGUACUCGAUGUUGAUUGGUGUACUUCAGACAAAGUGAUCUUAGCAUCAGAUGACGGAUGCAUCAGAGUGCUAGAGAUGACAAUGAAAUCGGCCUGUUUUAGAAUGGAUGAGCAAGAGCUGUCAGAACCUGUGUGGUGCCCAUACCUUCUUGUUCCAAGAGCUUCCUUAGCUUUAAAAGCAUUCUUGCUGCACCAACCUUGGAAUAAUAAAUAUACUCUGGAUAUUUCACACAUAAAUUAUCCAGAGAAUGAAAAUGUUAAAAACCUACUGCAGGAACAGUUGCACUCAUUAUCCAAUGACAUAAAGAAACUUUUGCUUGAUCCAGAGUUCAGCCUUUUACAGCGAUGUCUACUGAUAUCAAGACUGUAUGGGGAUGAAUCUGAACUGCAUUUCUGGACUGUUGCUGCCCAUUAUUUGUAUGCCUUUUCCCAGGACAAAACAUUAACUGCAAAAACAGGAGAUUCACUCAUUCAUCUGGAAAAAUGGAUCAGUCCACUAGAUAUAUGUUUUGAUACAUUGUGUGAAAAUUCCUAUUUCCAGAAAUUCCAGAUUGAAAGGGUCAAUCUCCAAGAAGUUAAAAGAUCAAAUUAUGAUCACACCAGGAAAUGCACUGACCAGCUGCUACUUCUGGGCCAGACUGAUAGAGCUGUGCAGCUACUUUUGGAAACAAAUGCAGAGAACCCCUAUUACUACUGUGAUUCACUCAAGGCAUGUCUGGUCACAACAGUCACUUCCUCAGGUCCUUCCCAAAGUACCAUCAAAUUGGUAGCAACUAACAUGAUUGCAAAUGGAAAACUGGCAGAGGGUGUCCAGUUGCUGUGUUUAAUUGAUAAAGCUGCUGACGCGUGUCGUUAUCUGCAAACCUAUGGUGAAUGGAAUCGAGCUGCGUGGCUUGCAAAAGUUCGUUUGAAUGUGGAGGAAUGUGCUGAUGUUUUGAAGCGUUGGGUUGAUCAUCUUUGUUCUCCACAAAUCAAUCAGAAAUCUAAGGCCAUCCUGGUCCUCCUUUCCCUAGGUUGCUUCCUGAGAGUUGCAGAGAUGCUACACAGCAUGAGGUAUUUUGAUAGGGCCGCCUUGUUUAUUGAAGCCUGCCUCAAGUAUGGCACAAUUGAAGUUAAUGAAGAUGCAAAGAAACUAAUCCAUGCAGUAUUUGCAGAUUAUGCGAGAAACCUGAAGACGCUGGGCUUUAUACAGGCUGCUGCUUCAUUUGCCUCCAAAGCAGGAGAAGCUGGCAAAGAUUUAUUGCAUGAACUUGAACAACUGAAAGAGGAAGGACUUAAAGAGUAACAACCCUCUGUGGAGCACUAAAUACUGAAAUUUCCCAUUAGGUGGCAUCAUCAGUGUGGUUACUCCAUUUAAAGACAAUGAAAGUAAAUUUCAUUUAGUAAAAAAUACUGUUUUAGUCGCAAUAGAAAGUAUAAAUGCAGAAUGUUGUGCAUGGGCAGUUCUCUUUUAAAACUGAUAGAAACGUUAAUCAGAACUCUUAAAUUUCACUUUAACCAAAGUUAAGAAAUAGUGUUUGAUUUACACAAAAUGAAAAGGGGAAAAAAACCCUCUAAGGUGUUUUUGGAAAUACCUGAAACCCGUAGAACCAGGGCCAGUCUAAGUUAUUUUGCUGUCCUGCAUGAUUUGAGAGGGGUAUGGUGCUGCUUGGAUAAAGCUCUUAAAUUGUACAAAGCCUAGAGUGGCACUUCAGCAUCCUCUACAAUACUGGAAAAUGGGGCCAACUUUCCGAUUGGGCACUUUUACUGGCAUCACUAACAAUAUUGCUGCUCCAAACAACCAUUUAAACUGUGCACACAGGGCCAGAGCUGAGCCAAAAUUGUAUAUUAAAGAAUGCAUGUUCAGUGAAGGAGAAGAAAGGAGAAGAACAUCAGGCAGCUAAGUAAUUUCCAUAAACAGAAAAAACGUUUGUCCAUGUGCUGCCCACUAAUCACAGCUAAGGGAGUCGUUCGAAAUCCUCCAACCAGCUCCUGAUCCUUGGAGGCAAGGGAGCUGUGUAAUUCCUGAGCUUGUCUGACCAAGGUUUCUGUUCUGACCUAAAGCUUGGGCAGGCUCCCUCUUUAUAUGCUCUGGGUAAGUUCUCCCCACUAUUCCACGUGACUGCUAAAAGUCCUGUGUUGUGUCACAUGGGUUACAGAGAGUAUUUAAAGAGACUGACUGACCUCUUAAUGAAGUACACACAUAAUGAGGAACUGUGGGGGUACAACUGGAACACACACACAAUCUCCCAGUUCCUCUACAUGCACGCUGUUGCGCAAGUGAGCAAAACGUCCUCGCUCUGUUCACGCUCUAAAAGUGCUCUGGAAGAAAGGAAACGUUCCUGACCCUCAGCAGAUUUGUGCACUGAAUUAAAUUGUUGGUCAGUUAAUAGUGUAAUACUGAGAUUAUUGUGGAAAGUAUGUAUCUUUACUUGGAUCACAAGAAGUGUAAACUGAUGCAUCAUGUUUAAUGACUCGAGCCACAAGGAAAUAAUGAACUGUUUCCUAAAUUGAGAAGAGCUAAGUGACCCUCUGCUUGUGAAGAAAAUACUCUUGUUCUUAGAUUUUCAAAUGCAUCUUUGGGAACUAGACAGUCAGUUCUCAGUCAGUGUGUAUUGGUUGGAUCGUGAGUUUAUUUAACUGUGUUUGAAAAUCUCACCUGGCUCUCUAAGAAUACUGAUUAAUUCAUAGCUGCAGAACUUUUGCUACUUCCAAUCAGUUGGGAUUGGGAUUUUAAAAAUGUUAGGGACCUAAACCUGUGGAUGAUUAUAACUUUCAGACUUCUUCAAACACUGACUGCACUCUAGUGGUGUAAAACCUUUUACAGAUAAGAAGUCUAAGUGUAGUAUUGCCUUCUAUAGCAAGUGCUAGUUGAUAAUGAGCAGGUCUUUACUAUAAUAGCAAGGCUGUCCAUUUAGAACUAAUGAGAUGUAGAGAUAUCAUCCAUGGAAACUAUACUGGCUAUAUAUAUAGAACUGCUCAGGACCCAUUUAUGAUGUCUGGAAGCAUUUGUAUCUUCAGCAUAGUGAUAAUCUGAGGAAUGUGUGAAAAUGGUAGCUAUACAAAUGUUCUCCUGAGUCUGCCCCAUUAAUUUCAGUAGAAGCAAGAGAUUUGUGCACAUAUGCAUGGAUCUUCUGCCAAUGGAAUUAAUGUGGUACUUCACUUAGCAAGACUUCCAUAAUGGAAAACACACAGAGGACUGAAAUGAGGCAUGUGUCAGUUAUUUGAUUCAUAGUGGUGUUUUUCCGACUUAGUGGUCCAAGAUGCUUCCUUGGGAAAGGAUGCAAGUUGACCUUGUACUCACGGGAAAUGGUUAAUUCAUAGUAAUAGUUAAUAUUGCUUAUUUAACUUUCUAUAGAUUUCUAAUUGCUUAGAAAUCAUAUAACCCUUAUUUUACCAGUUUGGUAAUGUAGGGGUUUUUCAAAAUCCAUAGUGAACGUUACAGUCUGUCUUUUCUUCUUUCUGUGUGUCUGCCUUCCAUUUUCUGUUCCGCUCUCCCAUUUUCUGUCCCACUCCCUUUUUUCUUUUUCCUCUCUGCUCUUUCUCUCUCUACAAAAGUUAUGCAGCUUGUUUUUGCAAGGCUUACCACCUACUUUAAACAUUAUAUUUUUAAAUUCACUUGACAUGCUCUUUCUUAAAGAUAAAUGGUAACUUUCCACAUAUGUGGUCAUAUUACUUUUUCUUUUGGUCUUAGCCAACAAAGCACUUCUGAUGACUAAUUAUUCAAAGUAAUUUUUAUGACAUACAGUAAAUAGAACUGCUUCAGAGACACUGCCUUUGAAGUCUUCUGAACACGGGUUUCACAUAUAAUGUACUAUCCUUUUAUAUCUUUAGGACCUAACUGGACAACACAGAAAACAUGCAGCUGGCAUUAACUCACAUCUGCCUGGUAAUGUCUAGUGAAAAUGUGAUACAACAUCAAUGUGUUCAGCAUUUCCCUGCCCCUGCAGGCUACAUCCUGUAAACUGGAGUGGGAAACAGUCAUGUUGAACACAAUGACAUCACAUCACAAGUUUAUUUUACUAAACAUUACCAGGAUAUGCCUGGGAGACGAUGACAGUCAGCAGUAGCCAUGUGGACCUCCCAACCCCAUAAUGUCUAUUUGGCCCUUGGCAAAGAAUAUAUAAACUGGCCUAGAGCUUUUACUUGGAAUAAGUAGUACACUAAGUAUAAGUAAUGUAUUAUCAUCUUUUCAUGGAGUAGAGUGUUACUUUUCAGUAGGUUUCAGAAGGGCUGUCCUUAAGAUAAACCGCAAACAUAAUGGCAGCAGUAUUUUCUAAAAAACUGGAAUUGUCACCCUGAAAAUUCAUUUUAUUAGAAGUUAUCAAUUUUUCAGCUGUAUCGUCAUGUCCUUUGUUAAUGUGGAAGGAAGCCUUACUUAUACUGGAUGUAUUUAUAUGUGUGUGCUUUAAAGCCAAAUCCUAUGCAUGCUUACUUAGAAGUAAGUCCCACUGUGUUCACUGAGAUUUACUUUUAAAUAAGUGUGCAUAGAAUUGCAACCUUAGAUUUGCAUCCAACCCUCACCUUCUACUGUGCUAUUUUGCACUUGUGCAAAGGGUGGCACAAUUUUCACUGAGUCCGUCUUUGCUCUUGCAGAAAGUAUUUGGAUAUAACCCUCAGAAUAUGGUCUGUAUACUUUGCACAGCACAAAAUGUCUCCAUCCAUUUCUUGUACAAAGAUGAAUAAAUCAUUAUAAAAUA